ACAACGUUCGACACAGGUACUCAUGUGGAGUACCGCAUAAAUUUCCCAACUCCUGUAAUGCAAGAAGCUCUCCUCCUCCUCCUCCUUGGCAAUUUGAGUGUCGUCUAAGUAACGUCCGUGUUGUUUGCGAAAGUUGAUCGUGCAGAAGUAGCAGUCCAUUGAAAAAACAUGGAUGCACAAAUUGAUGUUAAUCCGGGAGAAUUCACGUGGAAAAUCAGCUACUUCACUGAGCAGGAUGCAAAUCACCUUUACUCUGAAGCAUUCACAGUUUCUGGUUGUCAAUGGAGAAUUCUGGUAUUCCCCAAAGGGAAUGGCUCGCACCAUUUGUCGCUUUUCCUCGGUGUCCCUGAUUCUGCGACGUUGCCAUACGGAUGGACCAAAGACGUCAAGUUCAGCUUGGGUGUGAUUGAUCAAAUCAAUGAUGUUCGCUCUAUUAGAAAGGCGUGGCAAAGUGUUUUCACUGCGAGACAGAAAGAAUGGGGUUUCCCAGAGUUGAUUCCCUUGACUGAGCUUCAAAACCGUACUGGGGGAUACCUAGUAAAUGACACUUUGGUGAUUAAAGCCACAGUUUGCAUCUCAACAGUUACUCCUCUGAUGAACAUUCAGCCAGCUAGACCAACUGAUAAGUUUGACUCCUAUUUCACUGCUCUGGAGGAAUUUGUCAAUGGUGCUGAGACUCAUGGCGUUAGAGUAGGAUCAAGUUCGUGCUGCCAACAUGAUGCUUUGACGGCUGAAAUUCCUAGCUUAGAAGAAGUUGAGAAGGCUAUUCAGUCGAUGACGGAAUGCCUUUCGGAUCUCUUUAAAUUGAAUAUAAAAGAGAGGCUAUCUGAGGCACUAUCAACUUUAAGCUCGGCCAGAAUUGGAUUAUUGUCGGAAAAAAAGAUAGCAAUUGAGAAAUUUCAGGCCAAUUUCAAUGAUUUCAUUUCUGACUUCUUAGCAUUUGAGCAGGACAAUGCUGAGAAACUUCAAAAGGAUCAAAGGUUCUCUGUUAUGAAGAAGAGCCAGGACACUCACAUCUUGUAUAAGCAGUUAAUGGGUGACCUCAUCAUGGAAGAGGAAAAGCUCAAGAGAAAGACGGGGGAAGUGAAGUCUAGGAAGGACAAGCUUCUCUCAGACUGGGAGAUUUUGCUGGUUGAGGCUGAAGAAGCGAAGUUGGGCUGUAAAGAUGAGCAGAAGAAAGUAGCAGAGGCUGAGGAAAAGAAGAGAAUAGCAGAGGAAAGAAUGUCUAGAUCAACCACUGCUUGGUCAAAUUUGAAGGCCCAAUUCUGUUUAAGCUUUAAGAUUAGAAAUAGGCCAUGAGCAGUUGGUCACUUAAGAAAGGAAACUGCGUUUUAGCUUGACUUUUUGUUGGUCAAUUUGCGGCUUAUGUGGUUGAUCUCCUAUCCUGUUCGUAUAGUCAAGCAUAUAUAUAGUCAGUUCUUGAUGUCUUGAUAUGAAUUGCGUUGUUAUCA